GGCAACAUGCUCGCUGGCAACAUAGUUGGGGCCGGCUUCUGCUGUGUGUGGCAUGCGGAUUUCAGUUGAAAUUCAACUGCCGCGCACUCAGAACGCUCCACGGGCUCAUCUGGCCGGGCCGGGGCACAUCUUCCGACCACCGCGAAGUGCAAGUGCGAGUGCGCGAAAGCAAAGGAACGCGAACGCGAAAUUAAAUUGCACAUUAAAAUUAAAUGGGAACACAAUAAAAAGUUUCCCUCGCACCCGAAGAGGCCGAACGUGUUUAUGAUUUGCCCUCCCGCUCGACGCUGCAGGGGCAGGUUAUCAGUUAUCCGUUCGGGCGCGCGUUUCCGAGUUGCUUAAAUGCCAAUUUAGGUGGCACGGGGCAAGGCAUUUAAUCAACUCAAGUCAAGUCAAGUCCCCCUCCGGCUUCAGUGCCGCUUGUGACACAAAAGAGCGCCCUGAGCCUCAACGCUGGCGAAGACGAAGACUCGCUGGGAAAGUCCUUGGCAUACCUUCACUCCAUUCAGGGAGCAGCUCUGCAGAACUCCGCACACACACAUUCACGGAAUUCCCAGUGAAAACAUUGCCAUAAAUUAUCAACUAAUUCAAUUAACUGCUGACAACGACAACGAGCGGCGCUUGGCUGCAGUCAGGAAAAGGACCAGGACCAGGACCAGCAAUAGGACCUAGAACCUAGAACCUAGAAUCUAGGACCAGCACUGCAACGCCGCAGGGCAUGCGUCAAGUUGCUUAGAAGAAUUUCCACCCACCCAGCAAGAGACGAGCCCCCCUUUUCAGCCGACGCAACUCCAGUUGAAUGCAGCCAAGUCAUGAGUGAGCAAAGCAGAAACAACAGCAGCAGCAGCAUUGGCAGCACGGCAGCGAUUGCUGAAAGUGUAGCAGAAAGCGGCCCGGACUUUGAUGCACUUCGCGCCGCCUGCAAUGCCCGCCUCAAUGGCAGUGGCAGCCAUCUGUUGGGACCCAGCCCAGAGCCCGGACCUUUCUGUCCAGGUACCUUUGAUGGCUGGCUUUGCUGGCCGGAUACGGCCGCCGGCACUUCCGCCUACGAGCUCUGCCCCGACUUCAUCACGGGCUUCGAUCCAACACGAUAUGCGCACAAGGAGUGUGGCAGCGAUGGGGAAUGGUUUAAGCAUCCGCUGAACAACAAGACCUGGUCAAACUACACGACCUGCGUGAAUCUCGAUGACCUGGAGUGGAAACACAACGUCAACCUGAUCUAUGAGGUCGGCUACGGCAUUUCUCUGCUGGCCAUCCUGCUCUCGCUGGCCAUUCUCGGAUACUUCAAAACCCUGAAGUGCGCCCGCAUCACGCUGCACAUGAAUCUGUUUGCCUCGUUUGCGGCCAACAACUCGUUGUGGCUGCUCUGGUAUCUGAUGGUAAUGCCCAACACGGAGCUCCUGCAGGAUAGUCCGGCUCGCUGCGUGGCUCUGCACAUCAAUCUGCACUACUUCCUGCUGACCAACUACUCGUGGAUGCUGUGCGAGGGCUUCUAUCUGCACACAGUGCUGGUGUCAGCGUUCAUUUCCGAGAAGCGGCUUGUCAAAUGGCUGAUCGCCUUUGGCUGGGGCUCGCCGGCCGUCGUCAUAUUCGUCUACAGCAUGGCCCGUGGUCUGGGCGGCUCAGCCGACCAGAAGAUACACUGCUGGAUGAGCCCCACCGACUACGACAACAUUCUGGUGGUGCCCGUUUGCAUAUCGAUGUUCCUCAAUCUGCUGUUCCUGUGCAACAUUGUCCGCGUGGUGCUGCUCAAGCUGAACGCCCCGGCCAGCAUCCAGGGCAGCUGCGGCCCAUCGCGGACAGUGCUUCAGGCGUUUCGGGCCACGCUGCUACUUGUCCCGCUGCUUGGCCUCCAGUAUAUCGUCACCCCGUUUCGUCCUGCGCCGGGACAUCCCUGGGAGAAUACAUACGAAAUCAUCUCCGCGUUUACAGCCUCAUUCCAAGGUCUGUGCGUGGCCACGCUCUUCUGCUUCUUCAACGGGGAGGUGAUUGCCCAGGUGAAGCGCAAGUGGCGGAUGCUGUGCUUCAGCAAUCGACCGCGGACCAACUCCUACACAGCCACUCAGGUCUCGUUCGUGCGCUGCGGUCCGCCCCUGCCCGGCGAGGAGAAGGUAUGACUAAAGGACCUGUCGGCCAAGCGACGCGCCUCCUCGGCACCACACCAUCAGAGCCAGCACCAGAGCCACAACCAGAACCAACACCAGUCGCAGGAGCAGAGAGCUCGCAGCCAGAGCAUGACGGCCAGCCGGAGCCUCCUCGAGGGUUGGCGCAACAAAAUUCCCUUCCGGCAGCAUCGCCGCCAAACUAUUGACAACUCGCGCCAGCAGCAGCCCCUGAUGGAGGAGCGGGAUGCAGCCUCCUGUGUGGCUGCGGCACCGUCUCCGGCCGCGGAUGCAGUGCUCGUGGCAGGCGGCGAGGCAGAUGUCGCAAGCAGAAUGCCGACACUGAUGACAACCAUAGCGGAAGAUGCAGCGGAGCAGCCAGCAGGAGAGACAUGCCCUGCCCCGAGUGCCACUGGCAUUGUCAUUGUCCGCAUGGAGGGAGCAGCAGGAAGCCAUAAGCAGAUGGCAGAUGAGGCGCUUUAAGUG